CGCACCGUCCUCACCCCCCGUCUCUUGCCCACUGGGGCGCGCGGGGAGGCCGAGAGGAAUCGGUCUCAGGCCUGUCUGGACCCUUGGUGCUGCGGUGGAAGUGAGCAUCUAAGUCUUGUGUAUGGCGUGGUUAAGGUUGCAGCCUCUCACCUCUGCCUUCCUCCAUUUUGGGCUGGUUACUUUUGUGCUCUUUCUGAAUGGUCUUCGGGCAGAGGCUGGUGGCUUGCAAGAUGUGGCCAGCACAGGGCCGAACAAUGAGUCCUGUUCAGGGUCGUCGGAGUGCAAAGAGGGGGUCAUCUUACCCAUCUGGUAUCCAGAGAACCCUUCCCUGGGGGACAAGAUUGCCAGGGUCAUCGUCUAUUUCGUGGCCCUGAUAUACAUGUUCCUUGGGGUGUCCAUCAUUGCUGACCGCUUCAUGGCAUCUAUUGAAGUCAUCACCUCUCAAGAGAGGGAGGUGACCAUCAAAAAGCCCAAUGGAGAGACCACCACAACGACGAUUCGGGUCUGGAAUGAGACUGUUUCUAACCUGACCCUGAUGGCCCUGGGUUCUUCUGCUCCAGAGAUUCUGCUUUCUUUAAUUGAGGUGUGCGGCCAUGGGUUCAUUGCUGGUGACCUGGGACCUUCUACCAUCGUAGGCAGUGCAGCCUUCAACAUGUUCAUCAUUAUUGGUAUCUGCGUCUACGUGAUCCCUGAUGGAGAGACUCGCAAAAUCAAGCACCUGCGAGUCUUCUUUGUCACUGCUGCUUGGAGUAUCUUUGCCUAUAUCUGGCUCUAUAUGAUCCUGGCAGUCUUCUCUCCCGGGGUGGUCCAAGUUUGGGAAGGCCUCCUCACUCUCUUCUUCUUUCCAGUGUGUGUCCUUCUGGCCUGGGUGGCAGAUAAACGACUGCUCUUCUACAAGUACAUGCACAAAAAAUACCGCACAGAUAAACACCGAGGGAUUAUCAUAGAGACGGAGGGUGACCACCCGAAGGGCAUUGAGAUGGAUGGGAAAAUGCUGAAUUCCCACUUCCUAGAUGGGAACCUCGUGCCCUUGGAAGGGAAGGAGGUGGAUGAGUCUCGCAGGGAGAUGAUCCGUAUUCUCAAGGAUCUGAAACAAAAACACCCAGAGAAGGACUUAGAUCAGCUGGUAGAGAUGGCCAAUUACUAUGCUCUUUCCCACCAACAGAAGAGCCGCGCCUUCUACCGGAUCCAAGCCACCCGAAUGAUGACCGGUGCAGGCAAUAUCUUGAAGAAGCAUGCGGCAGAGCAAGCCAAGAAGACUUCCAGUAUGAGCGAGGUGCACACCGAUGAGCCCGAGGACUUUGUCUCCAAGGUCUUCUUUGACCCGUGUUCUUAUCAGUGCUUGGAGAACUGUGGGGCUGUACUCCUGACUGUGGUGAGGAAAGGAGGAGACAUGUCCAGAACCAUGUAUGUGGACUACAAAACAGAAGACGGUUCUGCCAAUGCAGGAGCUGACUACGAGUUCACAGAGGGCACUGUGGUUCUGAAGCCAGGAGAGACCCAGAAGGAGUUCUCCGUGGGCAUCAUUGACGAUGACAUUUUUGAAGAGGAUGAACACUUUUUUGUGAGGCUGAGCAAUGUCCGAGUAGAAGAGGAACAAGUGGAGGAGGGAAUGCCUCCCAUCAUGCUCAACAGUCUUCCCUUGCCUCGGGCCAUUCUCGCUUCCCCUUGUGUGGCCACGGUUACCAUCUUGGAUGAUGACCAUGCGGGCAUCUUCACUUUUGAAUGUGAUACCAUUCAUGUCAGUGAAAGUAUUGGUGUUAUGGAGGUCAAGGUUCUGCGGACCUCUGGUGCUCGGGGCACAGUCAUCAUCCCUUUUAGGACAGUGGAAGGGACAGCCAAGGGUGGUGGUGAGGACUUUGAAGACGCAUAUGGGGAGCUGGAAUUCAAGAAUGAUGAAACAGUGAAAACCAUAAGGGUUAAAAUAGUAGAUGAGGAGGAAUACGAAAGGCAAGAGAAUUUCUUCAUUGCCCUUGGUGAACCGAAAUGGAUGGAACGUGGAAUAUCAGAGGUAACAGACAGGAAGCUGACUGUGGAGGAAGAGGAGGCCAAGAGGAUAGCAGAGAUGGGAAAACCAGUCUUGGGAGAACAUCCCAAACUAGAGGUCAUCAUUGAAGAAUCCUAUGAGUUCAAGACUACAGUGGACAAACUGAUAAAGAAGACAAAUCUAGCCUUGGUUGUGGGAACUCAUUCCUGGAGGGACCAGUUCAUGGAGGCAAUCACAGUCAGUGCAGCAGGGGAAGAGGAUGAAGAUGAAUCAGGGGAGGAGAGGCUGCCAUCUUGCUUUGACUAUGUCAUGCACUUCCUGACGGUCUUCUGGAAGGUGCUAUUUGCCUGUGUGCCCCCCACCGAGUACUGCCAUGGCUGGGCCUGUUUCGUCGUCUCCAUCCUCAUCAUCGGCAUGCUCACCGCCAUCAUUGGGGACCUGGCCUCUCACUUUGGCUGCACUAUUGGUCUCAAGGAUUCAGUCACUGCUGUUAUUUUUGUGGCAUUUGGCACCUCUGUACCAGAUACAUUUGCCAGCAAAGCUGCUGCCCUGCAGGACGUGUACGCCGAUGCCUCCAUUGGCAACGUCACAGGCAGCAAUGCCGUCAAUGUCUUCCUGGGUAUUGGCCUGGCCUGGUCCGUGGCUGCCAUCUACUGGGCCCUGCAGGGACAGGAAUUCCACGUGUCAGCGGGCACACUGGCCUUCUCCGUCACUCUCUUCACCAUCUUUGCAUUUGUGUGCAUCAGUGUGCUCUUGUACCGACGGCGACCCCACUUGGGCGGGGAGCUCGGAGGCCCUCAUGGCUGCAAGCUUGCCACGACGUGGCUCUUUGUGAGCCUGUGGCUCCUCUACAUACUCUUUGCCACCCUGGAAGCCUAUUGCUACAUCAAAGGGUUCUGAGCCACCAAAAAAGGCCUCCUACAGGGCAGGCCCAGGACUUCUCCUAAGAGAAGGGCACUUCCACACCAGUCCCUGGGCCAGGGUGAGCAGCCCUGGAGAGGCAGCAUCAGAACUCGAGCCCCAGGAACUUCACCUGACCUAGGCCCUGGCAGUCACCAAAAGGGCAAGUCUUAAUCAAGCAGAAUGGAGGAAACACCCACUUUCCAAAGUAUUUAAUUAACUACAAACCAACCACAGCAACAAAUCCACCUCUACUCCAUCCUUUCCCUCAUGUCCUUGACCCAUAGCCAAGGUCAAACCCUCUCCUGUCCCACCUUCCAACUGUUCCUUUGUCUCUAGUUUCUCUGAGGGCAGGAUGCCUCCUCCUGUCUCCAAUGCGACACAUUGUGAUUCUCUCAUUCAGCUGAGAAUGAAUCAUCUCCACGUGGCUGGUCUAGAUGUUCUUUUUGUUGUAAUCAUUCUUGUGCUUGCUUUUGUUUUUCCAUCAGGUUUUGCUUAUUGCCUUCUUUCUGAUGUCAGCAACAAAGAUGCCACUGAAGGAACUUCAGAAAUGAGCCAACAGAUAGAGGCAUGAACUUUCAGACA